AUGGCCACGUUCCUGGGAAGCUCACCGGCGCUCCUCGCCCGUCCCAUCGCCAUGCCGCACGUCUCCUGCGCGCAGACCCCGCGCCCGGCAAGCGCCCAGAACCAGCCGCCGUCUAGCGAGCAGCCGCAACCACAGACACAGCAGCAGUCCGUGCAAGCGCAGCCACAGCAGGCGCUGGCGCCGGCGAGGCCGAAGCGCGCGGGCGGCGCGGACUCCACGGACUGGGUGGCCUCGUCUCUGACGCGGCGGUUUGGGAUCGGCGCGGGGCUGGCGUGGGCCGGCUUCCUGGCCGUCGGCGUCGUGUCCGAGCAGCUCAAGACCCGCUUCGAGGUCGCGCAGCAGCAGGCCAACACCAAGGACGUGGAGCAGGAGCAGGAGGUCGUCCUGCCCAACGGCAUCCGGUACUACGAGAUGCGCGUCGGCGGCGGCGACGUCCCGAGGUCGGGCGACCUGGUGGUGAUCGACCUGCAGGGCCGGGUGGCCGGCAGCGGCGGGGAGUCGUUCGUGGACACGUUCGGCGACGGCAAGCGGCCGCUGGCGCUGGUGAUGGGCUCCCGGCCGUACACCAGGGGCAUGUGCGAGGGCAUCGAGUACGUGCUGAGCUCCAUGAGGGCCGGCGGCAAGCGGCGGGUGGUCGUCCCGCCGGGCCUCGCGUUCGGCGACGACGGCGCCGACUUCGGAGAAGAACACGUCCAGAUCCCGCCCGGCGCCACGCUCGAGUACGUCGUGCAGGUCGACAAGGUGUCCAUCGCGCCGGCGUGA